GCUCGAAAGAGGAGAAAGCAAACAAUUUUCAGGCCCGCCGCGUCUCGCAAAAAAUAUGAGAAAAAAAUUAUAAAAAAUUCGGAAAAUAGUUGAAAGUGAAGAAAAACUCAACAGAAAGGAUGUUAAAGCGCCCGGGACCCCUGCGUCCAGGCAGUGUUGAGCAAAUAAAACUGGAUAGAAUAAUCACAUCAGUACUAGUCUGGCGCUGUGCCCCUGUCCAUGUAGCUGGUCAGCCUUAGGGUGCCAUGGCCACAGGAACCCAGGGCCACCGUGACCAAGUCCUGGAGAAAGCCAAGCUUGCACCACCUCUGGGGAGGCGCAGGAGAGCAGAAGGGAAGCCGAAGAAGAAUUUCCCUUGUCAGGAGUGUCAGAAAGCUUUCAACAGUCUGGAGAAGUUGAAGGUGCACUCAUACUCUCACACAGGAGAAAGACCCUACUGCUGCUCCCACCCUGACUGCACCAAGGCUUUCGUCUCCAAAUACAAGCUGCUACGGCAUAUGGCAACUCAUUCGCCAGAAAAAAACCACAAGUGUACAUACUGUGAGAAAAUGUUCCACCGUAAGGAUCACUUAAAGAAUCACCUACAUACUCAUGACCCACACAAGGAGGCAUUCACUUGUCAAGAGUGUGGCAAGAGCUACAACACCAAGCUGGGUUUCAAACGACACCUUGCCCUCCAUGCUGCCAACAGCGGAGACCUUACCUGCCAAGUGUGCCUGCAGCCAUUCCCCAGCACUGGGGUUCUCCUGGAACACCUCAAAACACAUGCUGGCAAGUCCUCUGGCGGGACCAAAGAGAAAAAACAUCGUUGUGAACAUUGCGAACGGCGAUUUUACACCCGUAAAGAUGUGCGACGUCACAUGGUAGUGCACACCGGACGCAAAGACUUCCUUUGUCAGUACUGUGCCCAGCGCUUUGGAAGGAAGGACCAUCUAACACGUCACAUGAAAAAGAGCCAUGCUCGGGAGCUGCUGAGGGUGAAAACUGAGCCAGGUGAUUUGCUGGAGCCUGUUGUUUACGACUUGGCAUCUGGGAGUGUAAAGGGUGAGCUCCCCGGAAUGCUGUCGCCAAGACCACACCAGCUCAACAUGUACACAGGCCCCAUCCUGGACAGAGAACCCUUCCCCAGCGCCGCACAUCCUCUUCCUUUAAAGUACCCACUGGGCUCCAACUUUACCUCAUACACCGUCUCCUCACAGGAGCGGGAGCAGAAUCUUAAGGGAGAACUGGAGACCUACCUGAUGGAGCUUCAGAGCAGCAUGCCAUCCUCGGCCUCUGAAAUCCAAGAACCCCAACUCUCCUCUUCCAAACUUGAGUUGAUGCCUCAAGUGGGUGUGCUGGAGGAAGUGAACGAGGAGGUGUCCCUGUCCAAAAUGUCCACAUCGGUAGCAGCGACCGCAGGAGACUCUCUGGCCUCAGCUUCCUCGCUAAUGGAUUUUUCACAACUUUUCAACUUCCUGCCACUCAAUGGUCCUCCAUACAAUCAAGUAGGGGGCAGUGGGGGGCAGGGUGUCACUUUUCUACCCAAUGAAGAGCCCACAUCUCUAGUCCAGCUGCCCCCUCAGGCUCCCACAGGCCCAGAGGCUGCUGAGAGUCCACUUCAAGGGCUCCCCUCCUCCUUCAUAUCCAACCUGAGUACACCCACCACACUGCCCCGCUUCCACCAAGCUUUUCAAUGACCCCAGUGUGUAAUGCAUCUGGCACAUGUCAUUCAGACAUAUACACCAUGACACACGUGUAGAGCUGCAUGCCCACAUGAGAUGCCAGUAACCCAUGUUUAGAGAUAUAGGCACUUCUCUCCAUUUAAUGUAGUAUCAGCACACACUAACCCUGCAGGAGACAUAUGAGCAGCACUGACAACAUCAUAUACACACCUCAAAACAAGGUCUAAUGACAAGCUUUUUUGUUUUUUUCUAUGCCACCACUGUUCUUUAAUGACAUAUAG